AUGUCAGAAAGAACAACCAUAGGAGAUGCCGUUGACAAAAAAUUAAAGAGGAAGAUGGAGGAGGAACCCACCAUAGUUGAGGAGGACUCAGAUCACGAAAGCACCACAAUUUUCAUGUUCCCACCUUUGAAACAACAAAAAAUACUCUUGGGGGAUUCAGGUUCUUCAAACCCUGUUGAGCCCUCAAAGGACCAUGUGAAAGAAGAGAAUCUACCAAUCUCUUGCAAGUUUUGCAGUAAGAAGUUUCCCACGUAUCAAGCCCUAGGGGGACAUCAAAAUGCUCACAAGAAUGAGCGGUUCGUUCUGAAAAUGAAAAAUUUAGAGAAUAACGCUUUUAGGUUUGGACCUAAUAAAAAUAUGCACCUCUAUCCCUAUUCUCUUUCAACCAUGCCAAACAUUCCUUUACAACUCCCACCAUUAUUUUAUCAUGGUGCACACAUGCUCCCCAAUCCCAUGGUUCACAUGCCUAACAUGUAUGGCACUCUUGCAACUCCUAGCUAUGGCACUAACCAAGGAUUUUCCCAUGCACCACGCAAUUUCGGGAUGACGAGUUCUUGGGGUGGAGGGGCUGCAAGGUCUCCAUGGAGAUUGAACACACAAAGUGUAGGGCGAUGGCUGCAAAAUCCUUCACUUGCUCAGGGUGCAUUUAAAAGUUCCCUUGGUGGUUCUUCUUCUCGGGUUGGUGCUGAUUUUGGUGGUCUUCAAGGAAAUCCAACUAUGUCAACUAAAGAUAAUUCGCCUUCAGAAGAUGCGGAUUUGUCUCUCAAACUUUGA